AGUUCUACAUGAGAGAGAGCAGGGUUUGGGGUCAAAAUCUUACCCUACUGGCCAUCAGGCAAAGCUGUUGGCAUCAUAGCUAUAGUUAUCAUUAGCAAAGCCUAUAAGGAGAGUUGCUUAGUCUCCCGGAUGCCAAUCUCCUGACACAAAAAAUAAGCCAUUCUCUUCCUGAUUGUAGCAGCACCAAUGCCACAGAGCUGCAAAACUCUCACCUCUGGAGAAUGGGUCUGAGGUGUCCAUCACGGUGGUAGAUUGUAAGGAAGGAAUCUUUCUAAACUGUUUCUCUCUGGUCUUGCCAUGGCUCCCACAGGACUUCACCAUGACCCUGUACCUACGGCAUUAUUGGAAGGAUGAGAGGCUGGCCUUUCCCAGCACCAGCAACAAGAGCAUGACCUUCGAUGGCCGGCUGGUAAAGAAGAUCUGGGUCCCUGACGUCUUCUUUGUUCACUCCAAAAGGUCAUUCACCCAUGAUACUACCACUGACAACAUCAUGCUGAGGGUUUUUCCAGAUGGCCAUGUGCUGUACAGCAUGAGGAUUACGGUCACCGCUAUGUGCAACAUGGACUUCAGCCACUUUCCCCUGGACUCGCAAACCUGCUCAUUGGAGCUGGAAAGCUAUGCAUACACAGAUGAAGAUCUGAUGCUGUAUUGGAAGAAUGGGGACGAGUCGCUGAAAACAGAUGAGAAGAUCUCCCUGUCUCAGUUUCUGAUCCAGAAGUUUCACACCACUUCCAGACUGGCCUUCUACAGCAGCACGGGCUGGUACAACCGUCUGUACAUUAACUUCACUCUGCGUCGCCACAUCUUCUUCUUUUUGCUCCAAACCUAUUUCCCUGCCACCCUGAUGGUCAUGCUGUCCUGGGUAUCCUUCUGGAUCGACCGGAGAGCUGUGCCUGCUAGAGUUUCACUGGGUAUCACCACGGUGCUGACCAUGUCCACCAUCAUUACGGGUGUGAAUGCCUCCAUGCCCCGUGUCUCCUACAUCAAGGCCGUGGACAUCUACCUCUGGGUCAGCUUCGUGUUUGUGUUCCUCUCGGUGCUGGAGUAUGCAGCUGUCAACUACCUGACAACGGUGCAGGAGUGGAAGGAACGGAAGCUGCAGGAUAAGUUCCCAUGCACGUGUGGAAUGCUUCACUCAAGAACCAUGAUGCUGGAUGGAAGCUACAGUGAGUCUGAGGCCAACAGCCUGGCUGGGUACCCAAGAAGCCAUAUUUUGACAGAAGAAGAAAGGCAAGACAAAAUAGUGGUCCACCUGGCCCUGAGCAAUGAAUCCAACUCCUCCAGGAAGAAGGGGCUUCUGAAGGGCCAGAUGGGUCUUUGCAUAUUCCAGAACACUCAUGCCAUUGACAAAUACUCCAGGAUGAUAUUCCCUGCCUCCUUCAUAUUUUUCAAUUUAAUUUAUUGGUCAGUGUUUUCCUAG